AGACAUGACUAUGGUGGAUCCUCUGGGGAGCCUCAACAACAUCCUGAUGCUGACGAGACAGAGAAGAGUCUCUCCAUUUCAGAACACCAGAUGGACAACGCUAGCCCUUCCUCCCUCCCGGAGUCCCUGUAUCGUGCCUCUCCUGGUAGCACGUUACUCCUGGGUAUGAAGAGGUUGUCUGUGCUGCUGGUGGACUGCAGGAAAACAACAGGGCUGAGUGGAACUGUGAGAGGAGGAGAAGAGAAGAAAGGAUCAGAUUUGACACGUCAAAGAGGAAAACCAAACUUGGAGGAACCAAAGACCUCCACAACAUCAAGACGACACCUCUGCUCCCAGAUCAAGUUAGGAAGCCUGAAAAGACCUGAGAGGACACACACAGGAGAGAAGCCGUACCAUUGCACCCAGUGUGGAAAUAGUUUUAGCCGGUUAGGAAGCCUCAAAGCUCAUGAGCGAAUACACACGGGAGAGAAGCCAUACCAUUGCGGCCAGUGUGGAAAGAGUUUUAGCCUGUUAGGAAGCCUGAAAGCUCAUGAGCGAAUACACUCAGGAGAGAAGCCAUACCAUUGCGGCCAGUGUGGAAAUAGUUUUAACCAGUUAGGAAACAUGAAAAGACAUGGGAGAAUACACACAGGGGAGAAGCCAUACCACUGCUCCCAGUGUGGAAAGAGUUUUACGGCGUUAGUUAAGCUGGAAGCUCAUGAGCGAAUUCACACAGGGGAGAAGCCUUACUACUGUUCCCAUUGUGGAAAGAGUUUUAACCAUUUAGUUAACAUGAAAAGACAUGAGAGGAUACACACAGGAGCGAAGCCUCACCAUUGCUCCCAGUGUGGAAAGAGUUUUAAGCGGUUAGACACCCUCAAAGAUCAUUUGCGAAUACACACAGGGGAGAAGCCUUUCCGUUGCGCCCAGUGUGGAAAGAGUUUUAGCCGGUCAGGAAGCCUGAAAGAGCACGAGCGAAUUCACACAGGGGAGAAAUCUUACCACUGAUCCCAGCGUGCAAUGCGUUUUUACCCCAUUAGGACACCUGAAAGAAGACAUGAGACCGCACACGGGGGAGAAGCCUUACAAAUGUUCAGACUGGGGGGAAGGCAUUCUACUCAUCAGUAGUGUAAAAAACAUGUGCGAAUCCACACAGGAGAGAAUAAUGACUUCUCCUUGUGUGUAAAUGUAUAUUUCACAUCACAAUGACUUAAAAUUCAUCAGAGAACAUACACAGUGCUCCCAAUUGUCUUAUAUUGUUGACUGAGAAUGUGUUUACUUGUUUAUACCACAUGAAAUUGAAUGGUACAAAGUAUACUCAAAAAUACAUUUGUGUGUUUUUAUUAGAAAAUAUGAAUUGAAUAUUGUCGUGUCUUUGCCAUCAUUAAAAGUGAAGACUUAUUUUAUUAAGUCAAUUCUCUGUAAUUAUUAUUACGUGAUUAAACCAAUCAUGUACAUUUAAUUAACUAGGAAGUCGGGGCACCACGGAAAGACUUCAGAUUACAAAGUUAUACUUUUCCCAAUGUAACUCUUCUGAUAUUUUAUUAUCUUUUCAAUUCAUUUUAUAUUAAUGAAUUAUUCUUUAACUCACAUCAGUCUCAUUCCAAACGUCGUAAAUUGUUGGUUAUCUGCACGAACCCAGCCUUUUUUAAAUAAAUCAUCCAUACACCAAUUGGCUUAAUAAUUUAUUAACUAACUAAAUAAUCACAGAAAUGCGCAAACAAACAGUAGAUACUGGUUACUAACGAAUGAUAGGGAAGAUUCCCUACUGGGCUUGGUGGACAAAGGGAAGUGGGUGUGGACUGAGAAACAAACAGUAGAUACUGGUUACUAACGAAUGAUAGGGCAGAUUCCCUACUGGGCUAAGGCGAUAUGACGGCUUGGUGGACAAAGGGAAGUGGGUGUGGACUGAGAAACAAACAGUAGAUACUGGUUACUAACGAAUGAUAGGGAACAUUCCCUACUGGGCUAAGGCGAUAUGAUGGCUUGGUGGACAAAGGGAAGUGGGACUGAGAAAGAAGCGGGGUAGACAAAAGGGUUCAUUACACACAGUUGAUAAGUACAGUUGAAGUCGGAAAUGUACAUACAGUGGGGCAAAAAAGUAUUUAGUCAGCCACCAAUUGUGCAAGUUCUCCCACUUAAAAAUAUGAGAGAGGCCUGUAAUUUUCAUCAUAGGUACACUUCAACUAUGACAGACAAAAUGAGAAGAAAAAAAUCCAGAAAAUCACAUUGUAGGAUUUUUUAUGAAUUUAUUUGCAAAUUAUUGUGGAAAAUAAGUAUUCAGCUUACACCGAAGUAUGCGUUUUCUAAACUAUUCGCAAUCACAGCGCUCAGUCUGAAGAGGAUUUUUUUUUAGGAGGGACUUUUAUUCGUAACAAUAGGAUAGGCGGUUCCAUGACACCAGAUCAUGUCUGUGCCCUCGGGGACGGACCAAUGACUUAGUUACACUUUUAAAGGAAUACAAUUCUCUCACAUUAAAGGUUUAACAUCACAUUACAUCAUUUCAUAAAUAGUUGCAUCUUUACUCAUUCAUUUUAUACAAGAAUUAGAUGCAAACCCGAUAAUUGAGAAAUGUACACAUUGAGACAUAGUUAUGUGUGUUUCCUGUCCUCUCUGAGGUCACCAAAUGAAACACACUCAACAUAACUGUCCCUUAAGUGUCCACAGACCCUUCCCACACUCUCAAAGGUGGACAAAUAGUUUAAUUUUGCCAUUUUGGGGAUUUAGGAGUUCGGCCACGUGAAUUCCUUUGUUCACUCUGUGGUCUCUCUCUGUAUGAAAAGGGGGAGAGAGUCUCCGCCAGGUAUUUACGACCCGAGAUAACAGAACCUGGAUGUAGGAGAGGGGGAAGCCACAAUCUAUACCCAGAAAAGGCCACAUCAUGACAAUAUGGAGUAUUUCAGUUUGAAUAUAAUGUACAUCAGUUUCCUUGUGUUCAAAUGUAGGAUAGAUCAGAUUCCAUGAGUUUUAAAUGGUCCUUUUUUUAAACUCUUUGUGUGUGUUUAUCUGGGUGUGUCAUUCCUCCAGCACUACAGAUAAUCAAGUGAUAUUUGGAUGUGAUGCAUUAGUUCCAUUGUUGACAUUUGCAUUGUUGGCCCACUGAUGAUUUAAUGAAAUGAAAAUGUUCAGACUCUGUAAUGGAAAAUGUUAAUUGUUUGUGUGUCCACAUAACUGAGUAUGUGACUAACCUUGUGAAACUGUCCUAUUAUAAGCUCCUGUUCUUGGGAGUAUCAUCCUGUGUUGCAAACCAAUUUGCACCUGUGUCCUUGUAUGAAUAAAGUCCCGCCCAGGAACAGGAAACUAUAAAGGUAUGUGCUCAUCACCCAAUGCUUCAGGAAUUCAGACUGUCUACACUGCGCUGUGUAACUCUGUUAUUCUCUCUGAGCUCAGAAAUAAAGAAUCUUGGUUUGACUUGGA